UAAGAAGACUUGUAUUGUGUAGGACUAACCUUUUAUAUUAGGAAAAGAGGGAAAGAUGAAAUCAACUGUCGCUCUAGUCGGGCUUUUUUGUCUUGCAGUACUGGCAAUGACUAUCGAUGCACGAAAAGAACCAGGAGAGUACUGGAAAGGGGUUAUGAAAGAUCAGCCUAUGCCUGAAGCAAUUCAAGGUCUUCUCGAUACAAAUUCUGUUGAAUAUGUUCCUAAUAAAAAGAGCGAUUGCCACACCUCAACUGAGGCAAGUAGACAAGACAAGCCCUUCGUUCAAGACUUUGAACCUAGACCUAGUGCCACAGCCUAUCGUGAUGAUAAGCUAAAAACGAAUGGAUAUAUUGUUCAAGAUUUUGAACCAAGACCUAGUGCCACGGCCUAUCAUGAUGAUAAGCUCAAAAAUGAGAGAUCUUUCACGAAAGAAUUUGAACCAAGACCAAGUGUCACAGCCUAUCUUGAUGAUAAACUAAAAAAUAAAAGAUCUUUUGCAACAAAAUUUGAGCCAAGACCUAGUGCCACGGCCUAUCGCGAUGAUAAGCUAAAAAAUGGGAAAUCUUUUACAAAAGACUUUGAGCCAAGGCCUAAUGUCUCUGCCUACACCGGUGAUGAUGAACAGAAACAAGGAAAAUCUUUCGUAAAAGACUUUGAGCCAAGGCCUAAUGUCUCUGCCUACACCGGUGAUGAUGAACAAAAACAAGGAAAAUCUUUCGUAAAAGACUUUGAGCCAAGGCCUAAUGUCUCGUCCUACAAUAAUGAUGCUAAACCAAACGAGGAGAAAUCUUUUGUGAAAGACUUCGAGCCAAGGCCUAAUGUCUCAGCUUAUACCGACGAUGUUGGAUUGAAGGGAGAGAAGAAGACGUUUGAGAAAGAUUUCGAGCCCCGGCCAAAUGUUUCUGUUUAUCAGCAAUGAACAGAGAAAUGCAUUAUCUGCAUUUGAAUAUGGUUCAAGUUUGUGUUCUACAUAUGUAUGCAAGUGCUUUAAUAUUGAAUAAAAGUUUGUACUGUUUGGAUUUGUAUUAUAUAUAUAAUUAAGUGUCCAAUUAUUCAUGAGUCUUUAUCUCUUCA